CAGAUUUCAAAUUUCCACAAUGAAUUUGCAGUGAAAAUGUCUGAUAUUGGCAAGGCCUUGAGCCUGAGAGAGCUCAAGGAGAGUUUGGACAAUGAUCUUGGGCACGGGGUGGGGUUUGGGGAAAGUGCAGGGCCAGAGGUUGGUCUGGAUGGUCCCUGUGGGUCCUUUCCAACCUGGGAUAUUCCAUGAUUCUAUUCUCAGGUGUUUUCCCAUGCACAGAUGGGAUGAGGCAGCGAGGAAUGAGACUUUGAGAACUUUCUGGGUUUGCCCUUCUGGUGCCCCAGGGAAGGACUUUGGGCUCCACCAUUUCUGCAUUCAGACACAAAGCACUGGACCAUGGAAUUGCACUUCCUGGAACUCUAUUUUUAAAAUCAUAUCAAGGAGCAACUGACGUCCAGAAGCUUCUGCACGCCUCUGGAAUCCACUGCACCUCAAUCUUAAUUAGGAUUUUUAUGUCAAUUAAUCAUCUCCAUGCAGCAGCCUUACCAUAUGCAAAGCGAGCAGAAACAACGCCUUCGAGCGUCCCACAAGAAUUAACACGAAAUUAAAAAUUGUAAAAAAUUCACACAACAAAUUGAUAAUAACCCAAAAUUGAGGGGUUGGUCAAAAGCCACGAGGCAAAGACUAAACACAUGAAGGCGCAUUGGGUGAAUAAGUACAGGCUUAGUGCGUAAAUCACAGAUUGCUGGGGGGUACCUCAUGUCCGGCAGGACAACUCCGACCUCAAUAAAAGGUCUCCAGGUGCCUCUGCUCCCCACACACCUUCAGCUCUCAGCAAGAACAGUGAGUGUUUCCUACCAGAGAUCCUUGGUUCUCAUUUGGCUUUGGGCAAGCAAUGAAUUGAGGCUGGGUCUUUGUGUCUGAUCUCUGCAGGGUGUUGGGCUGGAUGGACCUCCAAAGGUGUCUUCCGAGCCAAAAUGUUCUUUGGUUCUGUUGGUUUGAGAUUCCAUGGCUUUGGGAUUCCAUGGCUUUAUGGUUCCAUGGGUUUGUGAUCCCAUGGCUUUGUGAUCCCAUGGCUUUGUGAUUCCAUGGGUUUAUGAUUCCAUGGGUUUGUGAUUGCCUGGGGUUGUGAUCCCAUGGCUUUGUGAUUCCAUGGGUUUACGGUUCCAAGGUUUUGCAAUUCCAUGGUUUCAGUGUUCUAUGGUUAUCGGGGGCUCCAUGAUUUACAGCUCUCUCUGAAAUCCUGAUUUUUCUGAGACUGUUGAUCUGAUGCCUCUUGGAAAAGAUGGACAGAGCACAGUGGAAAAGGAGCUGCUCAGGGUGGAAGUUCAGGGAGGGAACGUCCUGGAUGAGCACAGCACGGGCAGGUCCCAGGAGAGUUCAAAUAUCCCUGGGACAGAGCAACAGUUGGUCUUCACUCCGGCCACCCUUCACUCCUCUCCCUACACCAUGUGCUCCACUGGAUGCUGUUCCACGGGAUGCUGCUCUGUCGUGAAGAGCAAGACCGUGUGCUGCAGCCCCUGCAAGACUGUAUGCUGCAGCCCCUGCAAGACCGUGUGCUGCAGCCCCUGCAAGACUGUGUGCUGCAGCCCCUGCAAGACUGUGUGCUGCGCCCCAUGCCAGCAAUCCUGCUGCUGCGACCCGUGCCAGAAGACUGUGUGCUGUGAGUCGUGCCAGACUUGCUGUGACCCGUGCCAGAAGCCUUGCUGUGACCCUUGCCAGUCCUGCUGUGACCCAUGCCAGAAGCCCUGCUGUGAUCCAUGCCAGUCCUGCUGUGAUCCAUGCCAGAAGCCUUGCUGUAAUCCGUGCCAGUCCUGCUGUGAUCCAUGCCAGAAGCCCUGCUGUGACCCGUGCCAGACCUGCUGUGACCCGUGCCAGAAACCUUGUUGUGAUCCAUGCCAGACCUGCUGUGAUCCAUGCCAGAAGCCCUGCUGUGACCCGUGCCAGUCGUGCUGUGACCCGUGCCAGAAGCCUUGCUGUGACCCGUGCCAGUCGUGCUGUGACCCGUGCCAGAAGCCUUGCUGUGACCCGUGCCAGUCGUGCUGUGACCCGUGCCAGAAGCCUUGCUGUGACCCGUGCCAGUCGUGCUGUGACCCAUGCCAGAAGCCUUGCUGUGACCCGUGCCAGUCGUGCUGUGACCCGUGCCAGAAGCCCUGCUGUGACCCGUGCCAGACCUGCUGUGACCCAUGCCAGAAGCCCUGCUGUGACCCGUGCCAGACCUGCUGUGACCCAUGCCAGAAGCCUUGCUGUGACCCGUGCCAGUCCUGCUGUGACCCGUGCCAGAAGCCUUGCUGUGAUCCAUGCCAGUCCUGCUGUGACCCAUGCCAGAAGCCCUGCUGUGACCCAUGCCAGACCUGCUGUGAUCCAUGCCAGAAGCCCUGCUGUGACCCAUGCCAGACCUGCUGUGACCCGUGCCAGAAGCCUUGCUGUGACCCCUGCCAGACCUGCUGUGACCCGUGCCAGUCCGUGUGCUGCACCAAGGUGUGCCAGAAGUCCGUGUGCUGUGUCCCAAGGCCCUGCUGCUGCCCCUGCGGGUCCCUGUCCUGCUGCUCCUGUGUGGUGAAGAAGCCCGUGGUGGUUUGCUGCACCCCCGUGAGGAAGUACUGCACCCCCUGCAUCCCCAUCCAGCAGUGCUGCGCCAGCCUCAGGAAGACCUGCUGAGCUGCCCCAGGUGGCUCUGAGGGCUCCAAGAAUGGGCACAAGGAGGUGAAAAGCUGCUCGUUUGUUUCUCCUUCCCAUGGUGAUGGAGCCAAUUCAUAGUGAUUUUCUUCUUCUUUCCUAGCUUAAGCAGCUGCUUCUUUCUGUCCUUUAGUUAUCGAUUGUCUUUAAUUAUUGACUGUCUUGAGUACUCCUGAAUUUAUCGCCCAUUGUAUAAGGCAUUAGAUAUUAGUGGGGUGUUAAUUCUCCUCUUGGUGUUUGAGAAACCUUUGGUGUCACUGUGACCACUCUUCAUUUCCUCUUGACUUGUAGACAAUAAAAUUUGGCAUUAAGCAAAACACAA